AUGUCCAAGCUAAAUAGAGAUAUUCUUUAUCUAGUAUUUGAAGAAUUUCAAGAUGAUAUAAAGGCCCUUUAUUCAUCACUUUCGGUCAACAAAACAUGGUGUGAAAUAAUCGUUCUAAUUUUAUGGAAAAAUCCUUGGAAGUACUUAACGAAUAAAAAUGAAAACUUAUUAUUUAACGUAAUUAUUUCACACUUAUCGGACGAGUCAAAAAAUAAUUUAAUAAAUCAUAAUAUUGAAUUAUUCACAAUUUUUUCUCAAAAACCUUUAUUUAAUUAUAUCAGUUUUUGUAAACAUUUAAAUUUAAGUUCGAUUGAUAAGAUAAUAAAUACUAUUAAAUAUUAUUGCACGGAAUCGAGUAUGUCAAUUUUAAAAAAUGAAAUAUACAAUCUUUUUAUUAAUGAAAAUACAAAGUUUACAUAUCUUUAUAUACCCCAACAUUUUGAUUAUCAAAUUCACCUUAUUCCUGGAGCUAAACACUGUUUUUCAGAAAUUAUAUUCCUUAGUUGUAAUAUCGGAGUAAAUGACAACGUUUUAAUUGGAUUAGCAGGAAUAUGCCAAUCAAUUAAAGAAUUGGAACUUUUUGUUGAAAGCAAAAACAGCAAAAACAGUUAUGGGAUUACUAAAUUAAUUGAUGCCUCUAAAAAAUUAAUUGAUGUUCGUCUAUUAACCGCCAAUACUGGAUUAGUUAAUGUUCCAAUCAUAAAUAAUAUAUACUAUGUUGAAGAAUCAUUAAAACCAUUUCAUAUAAUUCUUGAAAAUUCAUUAAUGAAACAUGCACAUACUAUACAAUACUUUAUGAUAACUGCACCACCUGCCACAAGAAUUCUUUCAUCUUUAGUAAAUUUAAAAAAAUUGGAAUUAAGAAUUGAUAAUCACAAUGUAAAGUUGGAUUUCUUAGAAAAUGUAUCUUUAUCUUCAUUACGAAUUUUAAAAUCUAAUAUUUUUCAAAUCAAAUUUUUAAGAAAUUUAAUUCUUAAUACAGAUAGAAGUCUUACCAAAAUAAGCAUUGAUAAUAAGCUUCAUAAUGAGAUUGAUAAUAAAAAUAUUAUUAAGGCUAUUUAUCAAAAUUGUCCAAAUCUUAUUUACCUUAAAUUAAUGUUUAGAAAUGAAAAUAUUUUAGAAUUAGAACAAUUAUUAAUUAAUUGUCAAUAUUUAAUUGGAUUAUAUUUUCUUAUUAUAAACAUAUUUAAUUGGGAUAAAUUAUUCGAAAUAUUAAACAUAUCAUCACCAACUAGUUUAUUUAAAUUUAAGUUUAAUAUUAUUUCUCAUGAAUCAAUUAAUCUAGAGUCCUUAAUAUUAUUUAUUAAUAAUUGGAAAGGAAGACAUCCCAUGUUAUUACAACUUGAUUCAUAUGGAUGUACUGAUUUAUUUGAUUUGAUAGAAGAAUAUAAAUCAGAAGGAAUUAUUAAGAAAUUUAAUUAUUUACAUAGAGAUUUUGAAGAUUUUGAAUGGUAA